AUGGGCAUCUUCAAACGCACCACAUCCACUGCCGUCUCCGCUGGCGACGCCAUCCGCCGUCUGCGCAACCGCCUCUGGCAACGCCUCCUCACAGAAGAACAAGAAGACGCACUGCUCUACCGCGCCGACCCCGCCUUGAUGAACGCGCUAUACUGGCUCUCCGGCUCAUCCUACGAUCACUUUGCCAUGUACGACGGAGACGAGAAGGCUGGGGAAGGUGAAGAGUUCUUGGAUUUGGAUGUGAAUGAUGUUUGCGUGAGGGUCGCUGCGCUCAGGAGGAGGUUGGGGUUGAGAGCUGAGCCGCAUUUGUGA